AUGGACAUGUCAGAGCUGGGCAGUGGGAGUGAAUGUUCAGCAGAUUGUGGGAUGGGGUCUGGCUGUCUGGAGGACUGUGGAAACCAGAGUCACUGGGCGGACUGGGGUCCGGAGCCCUCUGUGUUCAGCUGGGCUGAGCUGGCUUGUGUUACGGCGGUGUGUGUGCUGUUGCUGGCCUUGGGCAUCACAGGAAAUGUCUUAACAAUCCUGGUGGUUUGGCUCCGACCACACUUGAGGAGCACCACCUACCUCUACCUGUGUAGCAUGGCCGCCUCCGACCUCCUCAUACUCCUUCUGAUGCCUUUAGAUUUAUACAAGCUGUGGAACGUUCGGACCUGGAUCCUGGGUGAUGCGGUGUGCAAAGUGAGCCAGUUUCUCAGUGAGAGCUGCACCUUCUCCACCAUCCUACACAUUACCGCCCUUUCGCUGGAGCGCUACGUCGCGGUUUGUCAACCACUCACAGCCAAGACCUUGGUAACGCGGGCCCGGGUCCGGGCUCUCAUUGGCUGCCUGUGGGUUGUGGCGGUGGUCAGCGCUGGGCCAGUGUUUGCCAUGGUGGGGGUAGAAGAGUUUGGGGGAGGAGAGGGGGUGAAAGAGUGUCGAUGUACGGAUUACGCCGUCACUUCUGGCCUGCUGAGGGCCAUGAUGUGGCUCUCCAACCUUUACUUCCUGGUGCCGCUCGGUAUUCUGGGAGUUGUGUACAGCCUGAUAGGCAGAAAGCUGUUGCUCCGCCCGCGACGCUGCAGCAGGGACCGUGCGCAGGGACACACCAUCAAGAUGCUAGGGAUUAUCGUCCUGGCGUUUGUUCUGUGCUGGCUGCCUUUCCACGUCGGUCGUACAUUUUUUUCUAUGUCUCUGGACACCAGCGCUGACAUGUACUACAUCUCUCAGUACUUAAACCUGGUCUCCUUUGUCUUGUUCUACCUCAGUGCUGCUGUCAACCCCAUCCUCUAUAACACCAUGUCAGCACGCUAUCGCCAUGCGCUCUGGAGCCUGCUGCCCUCACGCACACAUUCACACACACACCGGUCCAGCCACACACCUCACACUCAACACUCAACCGCCAUCCUAUAA